AUGUCAAAGAAGACUGCCCAAUCCAUGAGAUGGCAUGCAGAAGAGCGUGUUGUUGAUCCUAACUUCAUGAGACAUCCAGCUGAUUCCACUGUAUGGAAAGACUUCGAUGACAAACAUGCUUUGUUUGCCCAGGAUCCUCGUAAUGUCAGACUUGGUCUAGCGAGUGAUGGGUUCAACCCAUUCAAUAAUAUGAGCAAACCGUACAGCAUUUGGCCAGUACUACUUGUGCCUUACAACUUGCCCCCUUGGUUAUGCAUGAAAGAUCCAUACGUAUUGAUGUCAUUAUUAAUCCCUGGACCAAAGGCACCGGAAAAUGAUAUUGACGUGUUCUUGCGUCCCUUAAUAGAUGAGUUGACUGAAUUAUGGGAAGAGGGAAUUCAUACAUAUGACGCUUACAAGCGAGAAUCGUUUCAAUUAAGGGCAGCAUUACUUUGGAUCAUUAAUGACUUUCCUACAUACGCUAAUCUUUCUGGUUGGAGCACGAAGGGUAAGUUCGCAUGCCCUACAUGUACCUCUGAAACAGAUUCACUUUGGCUUGUGCAUGGUCGGAAACAUUGUUAUAUGGGCCAUCGUCGGUGGUUGGUGCGAGAUCACAGUUGGAGAAGGAAAAAGUCAGCUUUUAAUGGUAAGGAGGAACACCGUCUGCAACCGAAUAUUAUAACGGGACAAGCAUUAAUGGAGCAAUUACAUGAGGUCUCGAAUGUGCAGUUUGGUAAAUCAGCAAAGAAGCGAAAACGUGCGCCCAAUGAACUGAAUUGGACCAAGAAGAGUAUCUUCUUUGAACUUCCAUACUGGAGUUUUUGUGCCCGGUUGUCAGAAGUUAAAUUUCCUGAUGGCUUUGCCUCAAAUAUUGCCCGGUGUGUCAACGUUACUGAAGGAAAAAUAAUGGGAAUGAAGAGCCAUGAUUGUCAUAUCUUCAUGCAAUAUUUGUUGCCGAUUGUUAUUGGUGGGUACCUACGACCUGAUGUGCGUCGCUGUUUAUUAGAGUUGAGUUCAUUUUUCAAAGAAUUAUGUUCACGAGCACUCGACAUAACAGUCUUGAAACGGCUUCAAGCUAAUAUUCCCAUCAUUCUUUGCAAACUGGAAAUGAUAUUUCCACCUACAUUUUUCGAUAUCAUGGUGCAUCUCGCUAUUCAUCUACCAAAUGAGGCUUUGCUAGCAGGACCUGUCCAGUACAGGUGGAUGUACCCUUUUGAGAGGUAUAUGGGUAAGUUCAAACGGUAUGUCCGCAACAGAGCCCAUCCAGAAGGCUCAAUUGCUGAGGCAUAUUUGCAUGUCGAGUGCCUGACAUUUUGCUCCAUGUACCUUAAUGAUAUCGAGACGAGACAUAAUCGAGAGGAACGAAACACUGACACUGUUGGCCUGGGCCCCGUGGAUCCAAGUUUAUCGGUUUUUGUUCAAAAGAUUGCCGAGUUGCAUGCGAAGAGUCCCCCCACUGUGACCGAUGACAUAUUUGCAUUAGCGUGUGGUCCAGAUCCACUUGUCGCAUCCUAUGCCGGUUGUAUAAUGAAUGGAAUUCGGUUUCACACGAAACAGCUCGAAGGGCGUCGCCGCACCCAAAAUAGUGGGGUUGUUGUUCAUGGCGAACAUAUCGGAUUUCCUAUGGACUUUUACGGUGUGUUGCAAGAUAUCAUAGAAUUACGCUACAUGGGUUGGCACUUGCAUGAGGAUUACAUUGAUGAUGAUGAUGAGUCUGACACUAUUGAAGCAGAAGACGAGAGUGACACUGAUGUUAGGCACUAUGCAUCUGUUAAUGAAACUAGCCCGGAGAGGCUCAAUCCACUGACCCGCGGCGAUUCUGACCAGUUGCUCAUUGAUCCGAAUACCAUGUCACAUGCACAAGUGCAUGGAGAUCCCGACGAUGAUGACCACAUUGAUGUUGAAGCUGAAAACGAAGGUUUUCGGAUGGAGAACAUAGCGGAUGUUGUGGAGGGUGAUGGUACUGAUUGA